AUGUCUACCCCAAAGAUAACCAUCGCCAUCGCCGGCGGGGGAAUAGCAGGUCUCUCCCUCGCAGCCGGUCUAAUCCAACACCCCCAAAUAACAGUGCACGUCUACGAGUCGCAGUGCACAUACCCGCGCACGGGCGCCGGACUAGCACUGCACAAGAACGCAAUCGCCGCAAUGGACCUGAUACACCCAGGUCUAAAGAAGACGUAUCUCGGCCGCGCGAAUCUCAUGAGUCGUGAUGAGGAGGUUGAACUCGCUACUCAGGUCCUCCUUGCCGAGGGAGUGCAUAGCGGACGGGUUAUUGGACAGCUUGGAAAGGCGAGGGGGAGGAAGACGAUUGCGCGGGAGGAUUUGGUGAUGGGGUGGAUUGGGUUGCUUCCAGCUGGUACAAUUUCAUUUGGGAAGAAGUUGCACAAUGUUGUCUUGGAUGACGGUAGAGCCAAACUGGAGUUUGUCGGCGGCACUACAGCUAAAGCAGACUGUCUCAUCGGCGCAGACGGGGUCAGGAGUGCCACGAGGAGAUAUCUCCUUGGGGAGAACCAUCCGGCUACAGCGCCGAAGAACCACGAUCAGUGGUAUCUGUACUCCCGGGCCGUUCCUAUGGAUGAAGCCCGGCAGGUCGUAAAGGAGGAGUGGACGAGGAAUGUGGCUAUUCUGUGUGGAUCAAAGGGAUAUAUCUGCUCGCUUCCGAUUGAUAAGGGGAGAAUACUCAGUUGCACGUUCCAGGCUCCGGGUGCUUUCUGCGGAGAGCCAGAGUCAUUCACUACUGGGUCAUUCCAUGGGUAUAGCGAGGAUGCGAGGGCCAUUGCUGAGCUUAUCAGCAGAAACCCACAGCAAAGCUGGAAGAUAUACGACCACGAUCCAGCACCAAAGUACUACUACGGUAGAGUCGCGAUGAUCGGCGAUGCUGCACACGCCACGGGUCCAUUCGUAGGAAAUGGCGCCGGACAGGCCAUUGAGGAUGCUGCCGUACUGAAUGCGCUGUUCGCUCGAGUUACCAAUGUCAGCCAGAUACCUACCGUGUUUCGUGCCUACGAUGCUGUCCGGAGGGAGCGGUCGACUAACGCCAUAAGCAUUAGUAGAGAUGUAGGGCGAUUAUAUGCGUAUGCCCUUGAGGAAGUUGGAACUGAUCCGGGGAGGAUGCAGAGCUAUCUGACGCAGGCUGGGUCAUAUCUUAAUGAUGUCGACCUCGAGGCUCAGAAUGCAGAUGCUAUUGCUGUAUUUGAGAAGUUACAAAGUGAAUAG